ACUAAAACCCAACCCCGUAAAACCCCAAACCCAUCCCUUAAACCUUUCUCUCUCUCCCGAGAAACAAACCCCAAAAAUUCGAAAUCCGAAACCCAUUUCUCUGUCUCUUCUUGUUGUUCUCGUCGGAAUCCAAGCUUGCCGGAGCCUCAGCUCGUUUCGCCGCUGCGAGCGAGCGCCGUUGAUGUUCUCGUUUUCUCUCUCCUCUGUUUCGUCGCUGCUGUUGUUGUUUGUGUUCGCUGCUGCCGUGUAUUGCGCCACCUGGUGGUUGCCGCUGUAGCUCCGCCUGACGUGGGUCGCCUCACCGCACCUAGUGCUGCUCGUCGGUGCUCCGCUGUCGCGUACCGAAGCCUCGAAACCCUUCAUCCCUCUGUUCUGCGCUGCUAUUUUAGCAGAGGUAAGAUGGAAUCACGUAAGGAGAAACGAAAAGCGGCUCGACAAGGAAAGAAACAACAUAAACAUCAAGCCUUGCUUCAACACCAGAAAUUUCGCAAAUCAAAACCAAAUUCAAAUAUGUCCGUAAUGGGGGGUUUGAGGAAUUGCAGUAUGCAAGAUCAAAUGGUUUCUCUUGUGGAGUCUGACAGUGCCAGAGAUGAGGGGCCACUUGAAGGUUCUAUGGCGAAAGGCCGCCAGGUAGAAAACUCAAGAACUGAGAAUGUGUGGAAUAUUGGCCCAAAGGGAAGGAAGUUCUCUCUUAUGGAGAGUGAUAGUGAUAGGGACAAUGCCAAGCCUUCUGUACCGAGGCGGAUGACCAAGAAAGAUCAAAACAAGGUCAAUGGAAAGAAGACGAAGUUUGAGGAGUAUUUGGAAAUGGAAAUGAAGUUAGGACCAUCCAUGGAGGAGGACAUGGAGAUGGAGCGGAGAUUAGCUAAAAAAUUGAAAGUGAAAAAGGGGAAAUUGGAUGAUGGUGGUGAUGGACUGAAUCUUUUAUUUGAAGGUGUUCCGUCUUUUCAUGAUUCAUCUGGGGAAGAGUACAGUGGACGUUUUGAAAAUGAAACAGGAACUUUCUUACACAUUGAUGAUAAGAAGAGCAAGAAAAACACAAAGAAAACAAAAAAAGCAGAGCAAGAAUUUGGUCUUGAAAAAGAUGAUUCUCAUGAUGUACAAACCGGGGAAAGCCUUUCAUUUGAAUCUGAUGAAGGAGAUGAGGAAUAUACCACAUUGGACAGUGAAACAGAAAGUAUUCAGAGCACCGAAAAGAAGGAAAGCAAGAGGAGAAAGAAGAAGAAAAGAAAGUCAGAGCAAGAACAUGGCUUUGAUGAUGAUGCUUCUGAUAUGAAACUAAUCAAGAAUAUGCCAUCUGAAUCGGAUGAAGAGGGUGAGGCAAUUACCGAGUUAGAAACAGAUACUGCUCUGGGGAAUAGGUUACAGAGCAUGGGAAAGUAUAUCCCACCACAUUUGAGAUUUCGUUCUGGUGAUGAUUCGCUAGAGCAAUUGCAAAAUCGAAGACGGAUACGAGGUCUGUUGAACAGGCUUUCUGAGGCCAAUGUGGAGUCAAUUUCUGGGGAAAUAUUUUCAAUAUAUCAGUCUCUCAGUCGUGCUGUUGCAUCACAAAUUAUCAUUGAGGAGGUUUUGGCUUCAUGUGCUGGAGGUCCACGGGGAAAUGAACAGUAUGCUGCAGUGUUUGCAGCAUUUGUAGCUGGAAUGGCUUCUAUGGCUGGAAUUGACUUUGGUGCGAGACUCAUGGCAUCCCUCGCAAAAUCUUUUGAGGAUGAAUACUUGAAGGAAGAUAAUCUUUCUCUCAGAAAUUUGUCACUUCUGCUCUCCUACUUGUGCAUAUUUGGAGUGUGCUCAAGUGACUUGAUUUAUGAUUUUCUGAUCAUGUUAAGCAAACAGUUGACCGAAAUUGAUGUCUCUACCAUCUUGACAAUUUUACAAUGCUGUGGAAUGAAGUUGCGGGGUGAUGAUCCUGCUGCCAUGAAAAAUUUCAUCUUUAGUGUUCAGAGUAGAGUGAAUGAGUUGAAGGCUACUUCUGGGGAUGCUGAGGCAACUAUGGAUAGCAAGAGAAUGGAAUUCAUGCUUGAGACUAUAUUUGACAUAAAGAAUAAUAAGAAGCGGACAAAGGAAGACUCGUCUCCACACACACGUAUAAAGAAGUGGCUGCAGAAGCUAAGAGUCGAGGAUAUUACUCUCCGGGGAGUCAAAUGGAGCAAGCUGCUUGAUCCUGCAAAGAAAGGGCAAUGGUGGUUUUCUGGGGAUUUAUCCUCUCCUACAGACGGUGUUCGCAAAGUUGCUGGUAAGAUCGACAAAGAGGUUAAUGAGGCCCAGAAGAUGCUGACGCUUGCUGCCAAACAAAGAAUGAAUACUGACACCAGAAGGUCAAUAUUUUGUGUUAUAAUGAGCGGAGAAGAUUACAUUGAUGCAUUUGAACAGCUGUUAAGCUUGAAUUUGCAAGGAAAGCAGGAUAGAGAGAUCAUGAGAGUACUCGUUGAGUGCUGUUUGCAGGAGAAGAUGUUCAAUAAGUAUUACACUGCUCUUGCUUCUAGGCUUUGCAGUCAUGACAAAAACCACAAGUUUACCCUACAGUAUUGCCUUUGGGAUCAUUUCAAAGAGUUGGAGUCGAUGCCAUUGAUGAGGUCAAUGCACCUGGCUAAAUUUGUGGCAGAGAUGUUUGCAUGCUUCACCCUUUCCCUUGCUGUUUUGAAAGUCGUCGAUCUGAUUGAUGCCACCCAGCUUACUGCAAAGAGGAUAAUGCAUUUCCGGAUGGUCUUUGAGGCAAUUUUUGAGUAUCCAGAUAAUGUGGUGUGGAAUGUCUUUACACGAGUAGCCAUCACUCCCGAACUUGAAGAUCUUCGAAAUGGCAUGGAGUUCUUCAUCAGGGAGUAUGUCUUUACCACCAAAAAAGAUGUCGCUAAAAGGUUUAAGCUUGUUAAGAAAGCGCUUAACAAUGCUGAAGGUGUUUUGAUGUAGAAUUAUUUACGGUUGCGGGUAAAAGAGGAUCAAUCCCUCCUUCAUAGAUCAACGGGUUAAAAAUUUUGUUCACUUUUGACUACUUAGGGGUUAGAAAAUUGUUCCUGGUUAAUUUAAACUUUAAAGAGAAAAUUAGUUUUUUUUUUUUUUUCCUUUUUGGUUGCUGUCAAAGCUUUGUGUAUUUAUUGCUUAGUUAAUUAUAAAUAUAUUACAAUUUUCCUCA